CGUCCCGUCUCCGAGAAACCCCAAAACCACACGCACUCUAUGCGACUCCGGGACCGGCGGACCACGCAUCGACGCACAAGCCCGGUGGCCGCUCCACCAUGGACGCGUCUCAGGCACCGCUCAUGGCUGGCGAGCCGCGGGACGAUGAUGACGACCUCGACUACGAGACCGACCGCGGCGCCUCACGGCAGGACGAAGAAGACAAGGCACCCGAGGCGGGCUACGGCCUCUUCGUCCUCGCUUUGACGUUUGCCGCGGGCAUCAGCGGGCUUCUCUUCGGAUACGACACUGGCGUCAUCUCGGCCACGCUCGUGUCCAUCGGGACCGGCCUCUCGGGUCGCGCCCUCACGUCGCUCGACAAGUCCAUCAUCACGUCGUCCACCUCCCUCUUUGCGCUGCUCGCCUCGCCGCUAUCCUCGGUCCUGGCCGACCGCCUCGGCCGCAAGCGCGUCAUACUCUACGCCGACGUCCUCUUCGUCGCCGGGGCCCUGCUGCAGGCCUUCUGCUCGUCCGUGCCCGUCAUGGUGGCCGGCCGGUGCAUCGUCGGCGCGGGCGUCGGCGCCGCCAGCUUCGUGGUGCCGCUGUACAUUGCCGAGGUGGCACCUGCGUCGCACCGCGGGCGGCUCGUCACCAUGAACGUGCUAUUCAUCACCAUGGGGCAGAUGGUCGCCUACGUUGUCGGGUGGCUGCUGUCGACGUACGCGGAUGAGGGCGCGGGCUGGCGCUGGAUGGUUGGGCUGGGGGCGCUGCCGGCCGUUUUACAAGCUUCCGUAGUCAUCUUCAUGCCAGAGACACCGCGCUGGCUCGUCAAGGUUGGCCGAGCGCCGGCCGCGAGGCUCGUCAUACAGAGGGUCAACGGCGGAGACACGGCUUCUGGACAGCACACAGACACAAUCAUCAGAGAGAUCGAGAUGGAAGCCCAGCAGGAGCAGGAGGCGCGCCGGCUGCGGCAUCAUCAACGGGCUGGGCCCUGGAAGUGGCUCGGGGCCUGGCAAGCGCUGUUGAGCGAGGGCAAGAAUCGCAGAGCGCUGGCUAUUGCCUGUCUGCUGCAGGGCCUGCAGCAGCUGUGCGGAUUCAACUCGCUCAUGUAUUUUUCGGCUACUAUUUUCAUGCUUCUCGGCUUCGAGAGCCCGACGCUUACGUCGUUGGUCGUGGCCGUGACCAACUUUUUGUUCACGCUCGCGGCGCUGGGGCUGAUAGACCGCGUCGGGCGCAGGCGCAUCCUGCUCUGCUCGAUUCCCUUUAUGAUUAUGGGGCUACUCUUGGCGGCGUUUGGAUUCUCGUUUCUCUCGCUGCAUCAGACGGGCACGGCGAUGAUGGCCGAGAACGACGCGGACUCGGGGCACGCCGGUCCGGCGAGCCUCGUGCUGGUGAGCAUCAUGGUGUACGUGGCGGCGUUCGCGCUGGGGCUGGGCAACGUGCCGUGGAUGCAGAGCGAACUGUUCCCGCUGGCAGUGCGGUCGCUGGGCAGCGGGGCGGCGACGGCGACCAACUGGGGGGCCAACUUUGCGGUAGGGCUGACGUUCCUACCCAUGAUGGAGGCGCUGACGCCGUCGUGGACGUUUGUCGUGUACGCGGGCGUCUGCGCGGCGGGGUACUGGCUCGUGUGGAGGAUAUACCCGGAGACGGCAGGGCUGAGCCUGGAGGAGGCGACGGCGCUGCUGGAGCACGGCUGGGGAGUGUAGGUGACGGCGGAGCGAUUCUGAUGCGAGGCGUUUGGGACGAGCGUGUCGAAGCUGAAUGCAAGUGUUCGCAUCGCGGCCAUGAAUUGAUGUCAUUUCCUGGGCAAUGGCGUCGAUGAGUGAAGGGGGCUCGCAAUGAGGAAUCAGUGAGACCCCUGACGAAAGCAUGUUUUGGCG